AAGGUUUUAAGAAAGUAGGACAAAAAUACAUUUUCUUAAAAAAAAAAAAUAAAUAAAAUUCAAAAUACUCCGUAUAGAAUAGGCGUGUUCUUUUUACAGUUUUACGUCACGACUCUUACCAGUACAGUAUCAUUUUUUAUCUCCUUUGGAGCUUUCACUUUUACGCUGCACACUUCCUUUCUCUCUCCUUAACUGAAGCGCGCGCAUUCUCUGAAUUUUCCAUUGAAGCGGCUUCUGAGCUUUCUAUCCUCCAUUGAAGCAGCUUCUGAGGUUUAGGGUUUGGAAUCAGCAAUUUGUUCAAAGUAAGAUGAGUUGUUGUCCAAGUUCUGGAUUCAAUCAUCAACCAUGUAGCCAGUCUCAGAAGAUGUCCAUUGGGAUAGUCGUUGAGUCCGUUGCCAAACCUCAUUGUGGAUCGAUGAAAGAAGCUGGUGUUUCAAUCAGCCAGGCACAGAAGGAAGCGUCUGUAGGAGGAUAUUUGACGGCAAAGCACAAUGUGCAUAGUGGAAAUAAGGCCUCUAGUACUGUCCCUAUGUGUAAAAAUGAUGCUCAGGAGGGUUCUGUAAUGGUUACAGCCAGAAAUCAGAUUGAAAACCAAACAUCUAGGCCGGCUACAAGUUUAUUACAUGGAAAGCAGCCAGCACAAAUGAUGCAAUCCUCUGUGAACCAAGUAUUGUUAGAACCUGUUGUUGGCAAUAUAACAGAGUCGGAAAAGGCUUCUGGGAAGGCUAGCAAGAGGGCCUCUAUGGAUGAACCAUCCCAGAAAUUUUCUUGUGCACCCAAACAGCAAGUGUGCUUGCCAGCCAAAGAGGUGCUGCCAGAGCAGCCAAUCGAAACCGAGAACAGAAACAAAGAAGUUCUGAGGAUGAAGCUGCGGGAGAUAUUAGGAACUGUUCCUUCUGGUAACAAGAUAUUAGGUGAUUCAAGGACUUGUGAGGCAAAUGAUAAUGAGAUGAUGAGAGAGCACAUUCUUAAAGGUGAUGCCCAUUCCAAGCCUUGGGAGGAUUCUGAUACUAUAGAAAAUGAUUCUGAGUAUGUUGUCAUGACAACUAAGAGACCGGUGACUCGUUCUCUUGCCAGAAGGAGGGCCCCUGCUAAGAUGCGACCAAGGAACUUUAAGCCAAAUUCGUUAUCUAGUGAGAAAGAGAAGCAUCCAAGCAGUGAUAUCUUCUCUUUCGCUGAAAAAUCUGCACCUUCAAUACCUUGUGCAGUUACUCAGGGUUUCUCAACUGUUGAGAAAAAUGUUCGUACCAAAAGGAGUUGUGGAAUCGAGGCAGGGGACAUGCUAUCUCCUAUUACAGACUUGAGAAAUGUCCAGACAGAGAUAAUUGGGUGUGAAAAGGAACCACCUAUUGUGGAUUCGCCAAAUGUUGGCGGAGUUCUAUUUUCUAAACAUGGCUGUCUUGAUGAUAAUCUUGAACCGGAGGCAGCAAUGAAGGACAUUGAUUGCAACCACUCUCCUGUAGCCAGAGAGAAAAGUCAGGUGCCUGAUGCUGAAAGUCCAGCUACACAGGAAAAGUCACAGUUUUUUGAACACUUUGGUGGUCAAUCUCCAGUGCCCCAUGUUGAUGAUUUGAGUUGUCCAUGGUACGAAAUGACAAAUACUGUUCUGAAUUCUCCUCUGCACACAUAUUCACUAACUUAUGCUAAGAAGCAGAAUGUUCAUGGAUCUGCUCAAGCAGAGGCAGGGAUUCUUUUCGAAGAUAGAUGUUUUUUCAAAAGUAGUACAGCCUCAGAGAAGGAUAACUUUGAAUCUCCUGAUGAUGCGGCUAAAUUUGAAGACCGAAAUUCCAGUAUCCCAGAGUCAUCUACAGAAGAGAAGGAUGUUGGAAAUGGGCUGUUUACUCGAAUGAGAGGAGAGCUUGAUAGUACUGAGGAGGUUUCAUCUUCUAAGAAAGUCUAUCCAGAAGUAGAUGAUGUUCACGCAUCUCCAGAGAAUGGAAGCAGGGUUGUUCAGAGACCUGUGCUUGGCCGAAGCAAACGGCAUUGCAGUCGCGAUGUUGACUUUGGUGAUUUUAGUCGUACCUUGCAUACUCCAAAAGAAAGUGGUUAUGCUGGUGAUGUGUUUACAAAAUGUUUAAAUGAAAGUCCAGAGGACGGAUUAGCAAGAGUGGUUUCUCUAUUAGGUUUGGCUUUAGAAAAGGUUAAAACCAAAAUGAUUUCAUUGACAAACAAAAAAUGUUCUGAAAUAAUGGUGUCUGCCACCAAAGAAAUACAUUCACAGCUGCUGAAUGUUGAGUCUCAGAUUCAGACAGAUUUAAUGAAACUUACAAGCCUCAAGACAUCUAAAAGGAAACAUUUGGAGACAAGGCUUCAAGAACAACAGGAACACCUAAAGAUUAUACAUGAAAAGUUCAAGGAAGAGAUCUGUCAAUACCUUCAAGACUGCCAAGGUACCAUGGAAGGGCUGGAAACACAGCAUCUUGAGCUGCAAGGGGUUAUAGAAAGGCAAAAGGUAUUACAUAGGAAACUUCUUUUGCAAACGGAAGCAGCAGUGGAGACCCAUCUCAUUGAUGCACAAAAACAAAUGAUGCUUAUCCGUAAGCUGGGAAAACAGAAGAUGCAACAAUUGAAAGCCUCUAUUGCUGGAUGUUUAUAAGAUGGAUUUUCCUGUUGACCGGUGAACUAAGAUGCCUUGUAUUAGGUGGCUAUAUAUUAUUUUUGAUUCUAGGUUCUCAUGUAUGGCUUGGAUUACCCAUUUACACGGAGGUUGUUUUGUAAUUAAGAGGAAGUUCCUAAUUCUAAAGCCUAGUGCCUACUUGAUCCUGAACUAGGGCCAGAUAAGUAUUCCUAUGCCAUCUAAGGUCAAUAGCUGUUAACUACAAGGUUUUUGGUACAAUUUUGAAGUUUAUAGACAACUCCUCGUUGAAAAAAAAAAAUUACACAUGAAUGGGUUGUAUAUGAUAACCUGUUCGCUGUUAACCAACUCAACAUGCAUACUUUUAUUUCAGCUUAUUUUCUUGUGAUGUGGGCACCAUACAUACUUGUGAUUUCUGAUUUGUGAAUAGGUUAUUUUAUUGCUGGUUUAAGUUUGUUGUAAAGGAUUGUUCCUACUUGUAGGAAAAGAGAUUUUUCAGUACCUUAUACUAUUGUCUUAGCUCUUUUGA